AUGUUUAAAGACAUAUCGUUCAUGUUUCCCUUGUCAACAGUGAAUUUAACAAAUACAAGAAUCAAGACACUUUAAAAUUUGAUAGAAUCUAAUGGUGGAGAAAUGAAACUAGGUUUAAAUACACUAAUGAUAGUUGGUUCUGAUGCAACCCUAGAAUUGUGUCAGAAAUAAUUUACAAAAUUUAAUCUUGAUUUUGAAAAAUAUCGGUAUUAAUUUUUGAAUGCUGAUUGGGUGUCUUAAUCAUUAUUGAAUAGAAAAUUACAAGAAAAGAAGAAGUUUUAAUUGUUCAGAGAAGAAGAAUUUUAACCUGUAUUUGAAGAAGUUCCAGAUUACAAUACAAAAUUAGUUUAUGUAGAAGCAUUAGCAAAGACGGUUCCAGUUAGAGAAGAAGUACAUGAAUAAGAAGAUGGAGACAUUCAUAUUUACAAUAUAAAAGAUGAUGAAAUAAGAAAAAAGUAUUAAAAUAGAAUGGAAGAAUUCAGAAAGGAUAUUAUGAAAGAAUAUAAAUUACUAUUAGAUUAUGAAUAUGAUUAUGAUUUGGAUAAUUUUCAUAAUUAAGUAGAUGAUGGUUAUGAAUAUUUAUUAGAGGAUUUAUCAAUACUUAAAAAAGAAGAGCCAUAAAUUCCUGAAUAUGAAAAAUUCUUUGGUGAUGAAGAUUGUUAAAUAACUGAAAUAAGAAAAGUCAAUUUUGAUAUUUUAGAUGGAUUAGAUUUAGGAAAAUCUGUGGUUAAUGUAGAUCAACCAAUUUUAUCUGCUUAAUUAAAAGAAACUAAAUAAUUUAAUCCUGGAUUAAAAAGAAAAUAAUAAUUCUGGGAAGCCAAAAAAGGAUAUUUUGCUUGUGAAGCUGGUGCAGCUCAUAAAUGUUAAAAUAAUGAGAUUAUUGAAGAAUUAGAAAAAUUGUUGAAAAUAUAUACUAAUGAAAAAGAUAAAGGAAGAUGUAUUGCUUAUAGAAAAGCAAUUGGUUUUUUGAAAGCACUUCCAUAUCCAAUUAAAUCAAGUGAAGAUCUUAAGGAUAUGCCAACAAUAGGAGAUAAGAUUAAGAAGAAAAUUAUAGAAAUACUGUAAACAGGAUAAUUAACAAAAGUAUAAAAAUUAGAAGGAUAAGAAAAAAAUGUAGCAAUUACUGAAUUAAGUAGAGUAUGGGGAAUUGGACCAACAACAGCAGCUACUUUUUAUUUUAAGGGAAUUAAAACGUUGGAAGAUUUAAAAAAGAAUUAGCAUUUACUAAAUAGAAAUCAAUAAGUUUGUUUAAAUCUUGUUUAAGAUUUAGAAUAACGGAUUCCUAGAGAAGAAGCUACCUUAAUAUUUGAGAUAGUAAAAAGAGAAAUAGAUGAUUUAAGUGGUGUUUAAGGAUUAUAUAAAGCAACAGCUUGUGGAUCUUAUAGAAGAGAAAAAGAAACAUGUGGAGAUAUGGAUAUUUUAAUAACAAGAUGUGAUGGUAAAAAUACUGAAGAUUUUCUACUUAAUCUAAUCAAACGACUUGAAGGAAAGUUACUUACUCAUCAUUUAACAAUGCCAAAAAGAACAGAAUAAGAUUGUGAAACCUAUAUGGGAAUUGGUAGAGUAUCUAAUUAAGCUAUUUAUAGAAGAAUUGAUUUAAAAUUAUAUCCAAAAGAACAGUAUGGUUGUGCAGUUUUGUACUUCACUGGUUCUGAUCAUUAUAAUAGAAGUAUGAGAUUAUGGGCUUAAAAAAAUGGAUAUACUUUAAGUGAUCAUGGACUCUAUCCUACUCAAAGAGGUGCUCAUAACAAGAAACUUUGGAAAGGAGAAGUUAUUCCUUGUGAAGAAGAAAUGGAUGUUUAUAAAAUAUUAGGAUUAAAAUAUAAACCCCCCAAAGAGAGAUCAGUAUGA